GUGCAUCAUCUGCAGGUGAAGUGAGACAUCACAGCCGAGAAAUGCGCAAUUAGCUCUGAGCUCACAGCUUUUGGCACACAUGGGUCACCUGUGGAGAGUCCUAACGAGGGGUGUGUGUUUUGGGGAGGACCUGUGGAGACACGCCUUCCUCCUCCACCCUCCACCCUCCAGCUUCUCCUCUGCUUUACUAUAUGAGGAGGCAACUUUGCCACAAGAUCCAUUCAGCAAACGUUCCUCUCCGACUACAACCUGCAGCUGAGAUCCUCUGGUCUGUGCGCACUCCACACCGCCGGAAUUAUUAUUAUAUUUUGAAUAUAUCGGUGAAGCCAGACCUCAACAUGCCUCGUUCAUUCCUUGUCAAGAAGUAUUUUUCCAGCAAGAAGCCCUACUACAGGGAGAGCCAACUGGAGAGCCAAACUGCUUUUGUCCCAGAAAGCUUUGCACAAGCCGAGCUCCCGACGCAGAACAACAGCUUCGCCCUGACCUGCUACCCGACCAAACCGUUCUUCAGCAGCAUGGACACCCUGCCCGCGCCCCUCUCCCCGGUCACGCCCGUGUCUCCGUCCCCCUCGCCGCUUGGCCCUCUGGACCUCAGCAGCUCUCCGUCCAGCAGCAGCAGCAGCAGCAGUAGCAGCAGUGAGGAAGAGGAGGACGGCGGGCGUACCUCAGAUCCCCCCAGCCCGGACGUCCUCCAGCACAUCUACCACUGUCUGCACUGCAGCAACAGUUACAGCAGCCUCUCUGCACUGUCCCAUCACCAGACGUCCCACCAGCAGCAGGCGUUGUCCCUGCCCGCCGAGGUCUCCACGCGUCCGGCCUUCCACUGCAAACACUGCCCCAAGGAGUACACCAGCCUGGGUGCCCUGAAGAUGCACAUCCGCUCACACACUCUGCCCUGCGUGUGCCCCACCUGUGGCAAGGCCUUCUCCAGACCGUGGCUGCUCAGAGGACACAUUCGCACACACACCGGCGAGCGUCCCUUCUCUUGUCAACACUGCAACCGGGCCUUUGCCGACCGCUCCAACCUGCGCGCCCACCUGCAGACUCACUCCGAGGUGAAGAAGUACCAGUGCGGCUCCUGCUCGCGGACCUUCAGCCGCAUGUCCCUGCUGCACAAACACAGCGCCUCCGGAUGCUGCCCGGCCUCGUAGAAACAUUCACAUUCCCUGAACUGCUCUCGUGAGCCAGUUUUCCCUCCCAAUAAGAGACAUAAUACCCAGAGGACAGCGGACUUUAAAAAGCCACGACGGGACAGAAAACUGGAGUUCUGUUGCUUUUAUAUAUAAAAAAAAAAGACCCCUCAAGUGCCUUUUUUGCCGGGAACUCUGUAGGUAGAUUUUGACUUGGGGUCAUAUUGGCUCACUCUUCUUCCUGUCAACUGUGUGUGUAUGUGUGUGAUUUGAGGGCAGCUGGACAUCCAGUUAAUUCCCAGGAAGCUCCAUCGGUGCCGGCCGGUCCGGGACUCUGGCCUUGUUGCAGCUGCUUGGGCGUGUUUGUGUGUGUGUGGAUGUCAUUCCUCACCAUACUAUACAUACAUGGCAUGUGUGUGUUUUGGGACAGCUGUCUGUGUAUGGUGCACUGUGUAGGCAGGGCGCUGAGAGACGGGUUAGCUGUGACCUCGUCGACAGGUGACUCGCCCGUCCCGAAAGGACCACUUCAACUUGACCAAAAAAAAACAUCACCAAUAUUGUCAUUUUACAGUCUAAAGUACAUUUAUUUAGACGUGUUUUUCUGGGAAUGUUGUGUCCCUGCAGUUUUAAUGAACCAUUUUGUUGAAUUCAAAUGGAAAUAAUGUGCCUUUUUUUUUUUCUGCCACAUGUAAA